AUGCUACUGCCCACCCCGUCAACGUCACACGUCUCAUACGACAAUGUGUACGAGCCAUCUGAAGACUCAUACCUAUUCCUGGACACGCUCUCAUCAGGCUCAGAGACACAAUGGCUACAGUCUCGGUUCUCCGCGGGAUCGCAGCGCCGCCACCACGCACAGCAGCAUCAUCACGGCCACCAGCGUCAAAAUGGCAAUCGCGUGCCCCUACUAGUCGAGCUGGGGCCGGGGUCAGGCGUGAUCGUCGCAUUUCUAACGGCGCACGCGCGCGAGGUCUUUGGGUCGGAUGUGCUUAGUCUGUCGAUCGACGUCAAUUGGCAUGCGUGUCAGGCGACGAGGACGACGGUCGAGCUGGCGAUCGCCGAGGGGAGGGGCAAGGGCGUGGCAGAGUCUGCUGCGUCUGCUGCUGUCUCUUCCUCUCCAUCUCAGCAAGGUCCCAACAGCGCGACAACCAGCAAAGCCAGCCCGGCGGAAGGGGCAGCGACGGCGACGAUGACAACGAGCAGCAGCAGCAGCAGCAGCACAUACCUGACCUCCAUGCGGGGCGAUCUGAGCAGCGCGCUGAAACCGCACUCCGUGGACGUCAUGGUCUUCAACCCGCCGUACGUGCCGACCGAGAGCGUACCGUCGCUUUCCCCCGCGACGGAACCGGCAAUCAAACCGACGUUCGAAGAAUCAUCGCACCUGCUCGCUCAGUCGUACGCCGGCGGCCUCGACGGCAUGGAAGUAACGGAGCGGAUGCUAUCGCAGCUGCCGGAGGCACUGAGUGCACGCGGCGUCGCGUAUGUGCUGUUCUGUCGCGGCAAUCGGCCGGAGGAGGUCAAGCGGCGGAUCCGUUCCUGGGAGACGAGCGAGCUGGAGGGGGGCGAUAAUGGUGAGGAAGUGGAGGGAGGCGGAGGCGGAGAUGGAGAUGGAGAUGGAGAUGGAGGAGGUCGGACGAGAGAACGGAUGCAGGAGAAGAAGCAGUGGCAGUGGCAUGCUGAGACGGUCGGUGAGAGUGGGAAGACAGCCGGCUGGGAGAAGCUGGAGAUUGUGCGGAUCUGGAGGGAAUGA